AUGGAGGGGAGGAAAUGGUGGUAUGAAGAGCCAAAUAUCUCAAACCUUCAGGUGAGCAAUAACGUAGUGUGCGGGAACAUUGAAGUGGGUACAGAAUCUGCUACAAUUGUAUGCCAAAACAAAGAAUAUGGGUGUAAUGGAACACUGGAUUGCAUAGAUAAUGAUAUCCAUGAAGAAACAUGCAUCUUUUCACCCUGGGCAUGCCCUCUUCCAGACUGUAACUUUGCUGGCUCAUCUGAACAAUUGUCAUUAGCCUUCAGCAGCAAACAUUGGGACUGUGGAAGGCGUUUUAGGUACAACAUUUCCUUUUCCUGUCUCAUUAGGGUGAAUGAACAGUUCCUUGUUCUUCAAGCAGAUGAAGAGGGUGUUCUUUUUCUCCACAGCAAGGGUAUUGAGAGCAUUGGGAAUAUAGUCAUCGUAACCUUUGUUAGACCAAGCUUCUCAAAGGAUGGGUUCUUAUAUGAUCUAGUAGCAGGUAGAGGGGUCAGCUCUCUUAGGUUAAAAUCAUUGACUGAGCCUUUUUCUGGGAGGGUGGAAGGCUUACCUCCUGUAGAUUUUCUUCUGAUUCCAUUCCCAUUCCUCGGUCCUUCUGGUCAGCUUGACUUGGAGGUUUGUAUAUGGAGUUCAACAGAACUAGGUGCAGAUUGUUCUUAA